AGGCCUACAAAUACAAUUACAAAGGCGAUUCUCCAAGCCAACCCUUUCCCUGGCAAUUGCUAAAAUCAAAUUCAAUAGCAGCAGAAGCAUCAUAAAGUAAAAGCAAAGAAUGGCGUCAUCGUCGAGCAGUGGCCUAACCUUCAAGCUGCAUCCCCUUGUAAUCGUAAACAUAUCGGAUCACUACACUCGUGUCAAGUCCCAGAUGAACCCUCCCCUCACAUCCACCUCUUCCUCCGCCACCGUCAUUAACAACAACACCAACGGCGUUGAACAUCAUCAGCAAGCCCCUCGAGUCUACGGUUGCGUCAUAGGGGUCCAGAGGGGUCGCACCGUCGAGAUCUUUAACAGCUUCGAGCUUCUUUACGAUCCCUCCACCCACUCCCUCGACCGCCCCUUCCUUGAGAAGAAGCAAGAGCUUUAUAAGAAGGUUUUCCCUAACUUUUAUAUUCUUGGAUGGUACUCCACUGGGAGCGAUGCCCAAGAAUCCGAUAUGUACAUCCAUAAAGCCUUGAUGGACAUCAAUGAAAGCCCACUCUAUGUGCUUCUCAAUCCUUCAAUCAAUCAUGCCCAAAAAGAUCUUCCGGUCACUAUUUAUGAAAGUGAGCUGCACGUCAUAGAUGGGAUUCCGCAGCUUAUUUUUGUCCGUUCAAGCUACACAAUUGAGACAGUUGAAGCAGAAAGGAUCUCUGUCGAUCAUGUUGCCCAUCUAAAGCCAUCUGAUGGAGGUUCAGCAGCAACUCAGUUGGCUGCUCAUCUUACUGGUAUACAUAGUGCCAUCAAGAUGUUGAAUAGCAGAAUCAGGGUGCUUCAUCACUAUCUUGUUGGAAUGCAAAAAGGUGAUAUUCCUUGUGAAAAUUCACUAUUAAGGCAAGUAUCAAGCCUCCUCAGAAGGUUACCUGCCAUUGAAUCAGAAAAAUUUCAAGAUGACUUUCUGAUGGAAUAUAAUGACACGUUAUUGAUUACUUAUCUUGCAAUGUUCACUAACUGCUCAAGCACAAUGAAUGAGCUAGUCGACAAAUUCAACACUGCAUAUGAUAGGCAUAGUCGAAGGGGUGGGCGGACUGCUUUCAUCUGAAUGUUGCCAAUUUUGAAGGACCCUCGUGGGCGCAACUGUUUUGUUACAUUGUGUUGUGCAUAGCACAUAGGUGCUUCUGAUGGGAAGGGGGGAAGGGGGGGUUGAAUUGAUUGAGAGAGAUAGAUGGUAUGCCUUUUGUUGUUAUUAUUUAUUAGUAAUUUAGAUUUAUGGGUGGAGAGAUUGGUGAUGGUGUUUGUGUUUGCAGUGUUUGAAAGUGUAAGCUAAUUUAAGUAGUAGUUGUAGUAGUAGUUGUUGUUAAUCUAUAGGGAGGGACGUUCCAAGUUCCAAGUUCCAAGUGGUGCAUAUUUUGUAUAAUGCAUUUAUGGUGUUGAAUUAAUGAAGGGAGCUUUAUUUCUUGCUGAUUA